AUGAACAUCCUCCACUCGACAUUAUCCACCUGGCGUGACCGCCUCGCCCCCGUCUCACGAACGUCCACCUUCCGCACUACCGGCCAGAUCACACCUGAAGAAUUCGUCCUUGCCGGCGACUAUCUUGUUUACAAGUUUCCAUCCUGGUCGUGGGGCGACGCCUCAUCACCCUCAAAGCGAGUCUCGUACCUUCCCCCGGGUAAGCAGUUCCUGGUGACGCGCGGGGUACCUUGCCACCGCCGACUGAACGAGAAUUUCGCCGGUGAUGCACAUCUCGACGAUGAGAUAGUCAGGGACUUUUUAUCUGGGGGUGCGGGGGAUUCAGAUGGAGGCGAUGAUAAUGAUGGAUGGUUGAGGACGGGUGGAGGUGGAAAGCGCCAUGAGAGUACGAUUCGCGAUGUGAGGACCGUUGAUGAAUCAGGAAAGGAGGAGGCAGAAGUGGAAGAAGAAGAGGAUAUUCCGGAUAUGGAGGAUGAUGAUGACGAGGAAGCUAUCAUCCGUGAACCUGCAGGGACAACGAGCACUACUCAGCCUACCCGAACCUACAACCUAUACAUCACCUACUCAAACUUCUAUCGGACCCCUCGUCUCUACCUAUCCGGCUACCUGUCACCGUCUGAGCCGCUGCCGCCCAAGCUGAUGAUGGAGGAUAUCGUUGGCGACUACAAAGAUAAGACCGUGACGCUGGAGGACUUCCCUUGGUUCGAUGGGAGUCUACAAAUGGCAAGCGUGCACCCGUGCCGCCACGCCUCAGUCAUGAAGACGCUCCUCGACCGUGCCGACGCUGCCUUGAAGCUUCGCCGCGAAAAGAUUAAGCAAACAGCUGCGUCGUCCUCGCCACAGGAAAAAGCUAAGCUUGCGCAGCCAGAGAGUGGACUUGAGGGUCUUGUCGACGACAUUAAGGGUCUUUCCCUUGGUGACGCCCAAAAACAGUGUCAGGGCGAUAAGGGGCAGGCGGGCGGAGACGAAUGGGAAGUUCUUCAGCAUGAUGAGGAAGAGGAGGUUGCAAUUCGAGUAGACCAGUAUCUUGUCGUGUUCUUGAAGUUCAUUGCCAGCGUGACGCCAGGUAUUGAGCACGAUUUCACCAUGGGGGUAUGAUAUCUGCGGUAAAUUGAGAUGCGUUGCUUUGUGUUUCACCAUUUCUUGGAGUUCAUGUUUUCUUGCCUGGUCUAGGCGUUACGGUUAUUAG